AUGGCGGCGGAGGAUAAGUGUCCUGAAACAAUUUAUGAUGUCAAAACCCCGUCUUUUCUCGUGGAUAUUGACGUCAUCAAAAGAAACGUGACGAGAAUGAAGGAGACAUGUGAUCGCCUUGGCGUUCAGCUAAGACCCCACAUGAAGACACACAAGACGGUAGAACUAGGCGAGAUGAUGACGAACGGUACGAAAAAAUGUGUUGUCGUUUCCACCCUAGACGAGGCGGAAUUUUACGCCACUCACGGAUUUGAUGAUAUUUUGUACGCCUAUCCGAUAACACAACAAAAACUAGACAGGUGCCGAAGACUUGCAGAAAAGUUAGAGAAGUUUCAUAUGAUGGUUGAAAGUCCAGAAAGCAUGGAAGCUUUAAAGACAACACCAAGGGGAGAUAACAAGAAUUGGUCCGUGUAUCUGGAGAUAGAUCUAGGACUCGGACGAACCGGAGUUGAAUGGGACUCUGAUCUGGCAUUGACACUGGCUGCAGAGGCUGCGAACUGUCCCAGUAUAGACUUCCUGGGCCUGUAUGUACACAGUGGGGACUCCUAUCUCGCCCGCGGCCCUGACUCUAUCCGGCAGUCGGGAAGAAAAAACACGGACAAAUUAUUGCAACUCAAGGUCAGGCUAGCAGAAGCAGGGGUGACUUGUCCAAGUCUGUGUAUGGGUUCAACUCCAGGCUGUUCACAUCCUGACGAUAGCAUGGCCCAGUUGGACUGUUUCUCGCCUGGAAACUACGUCUUCCAUGACACCAUGCAGAUGCGGAUAGGCACGUGCGAGGAGAGUGAUAUUGCCUGUCGCGUGAUCUGUCGCGUGAUCAGUCACAAGAAAAGUCAAAACAAAAUGUCGAUUGAUGCGGGAUUUCUGGCGAUCAGUCACGAUGGGAUGGAACUGGGGCUGGCAGAAGGACCUGUGAUCUUCCAGGGCCACCCAGAACUAAAGCUGUUAGGCAUGUGCCAGGAGUUAGGGAGUGUCGGCACACAAGGCACCCCGCUAGACUUUUCCAAAUAUCCUAUCGGAUCCUUACUCUUCAUCUACCCGCAUCAUUCGUGUGCUACUGCAGCUCUCUAUAAAAACUACUACAUACAUUCCGGAGAGAAAAUCGUCGGGGUUUGGCGGCCAACCAGGGGCUGGUAG